AUGUCAGAAACCAAACGGAGUGAGAGAAUAGGAGCUCAUAAAAAGAAAGACAUGUCUAAGAAAAAAGGCCCUCCCCGGAAGUUAGAUAAGGGGAGAGAUAAAAAGGGGGAAGGUGAAAACGCGCCCCCUACAGGUAAACUUAGUAACAUUUAUCCCACCCAAGAUUUAGAAGCCCUAGAACUUGAUAGCUCAGAUUCUGAUGAUUUAGGUCCUAGUGAAGAGGCAGAAUUAGAAGAGGAAGCAGCAAAAUAUGAGGAGGAAAGGUAUGGCCCUGAUCAAAAGGUACCGCAAAAAAUUAAUAAAAAGGGGGGCAUACAGCUGUCACCCAAGCCCUCAGCGCCUCCACCAUAUGAAUCAAGAUAUGGUGCUAGUUCCUUUCUGCCUCAGGAGGAAUUAAAAAAGAUUCAGAUGGCUUUUCCAGUCUUCGAUACAGAUGCAGGACACAUGCAUGCUCCUAUUGAAUACAGACAAAUUAAGGAACUUGCUGAAUCUGUCCGUAAUUAUGGAGUCAAUGCCAACUUUACCUUAGUACAGGUUGAGAGAUUUGCUAAUAUAGCAAUGACUCUGGCAGACUGGCAAAUGACAGUUAAGGCUGCUCUACCUAAUAUGGGACAAUACAUGGAGUGGAAAGCAUUGUGGUAUGAGGCUGCCCAGAGUCAGGCAAGAAUUAAUGCUGUGGCAGAAGAUGAUAAUCAGAGGCAAUGGACUUUUGAAUUGCUAACGGGUCAAGGACAGUUUGCUGCCAAUCAGACUAACUAUCCUUGGGGAGCAUAUGCUCAGAUAUCGGCAGCUGCCAUUAAGGCUUGGAAAGCUCUUACAAGAAAGGGAGAAGCUGGAGGCCACCUUACAAAGAUCAUCCAGGGCCCCAGGGAGCCAUUCUCAGACUUUGUAGCAAGAAUGACAGAGGCCGCAGGGAAGAUUUUUGGAGACCCUGAACAGGCCAUGCCUCUAAUUGAACAGCUUGUUUAUGAGCAGGCCAUACAGGAAUGCAGAACAGCAAUCAUGCCAAGAAAAAACAAGGGAUUGCAAGAUUGGAUUAGGGUAUGUAGAGAGCUAGGAGGCCCACUUACCAAUGCAGGGCUGGCUGCAGCCAUAUUACAAUCACAAAAGCGCCCCUCUACCAGCAAACAAAGAGCUUGCUUUAACUGUGGAAAAAUAGGCCACUUAAAGAAAAACUGCCCCCUCCUAGAGCAGGUUCGAGUGGCUACUCUUUGUUCUCAUUGUGGAAAGGGUUAUCACAAAGUUAGUGAGUGCCGCUCUGUUCAAUAUAUAAAGGGGAGGCUUUUGCCCCCAAUCAAUGAAUCUGACAACCGCCUACCAAAAAACGGGGUUGUGGGCCCCCGAUCCCAGGGCCCUCACAAAUAUGGGAAUCACAGAUUUGUCAAAAGCCAGAGCAACUUAGAGGAAAUGAACCGGGGGGAGUCUCAGGAGUGGACCUGCGUGCCUCCACCGACUUCCUACUCAUGCCACAAAUGA